AUGAUGGAGAAGAACUACGAAGCUCGUGAAUGGUCUGUCAGACACAUUCCUGUGCGAGUGAAGGGGAGAUCACCCCGGCCAUACAGAAUUCCCAAGCUCUGGGUGUCCAUCAUGCUCGGCGUUUGUCUCUACUUGGCAGUUCACCUCAAUUCGCACACUACCCAACAGCAAAAUCGCCUUUUCCUGCGCCGGACAGAACGAGAUUUGGCAUCGAUCGACUAUGUGCUGCCUGAACGGGCUUAUCCAUUCUACCUCCAAACCGGAUGGAACUUCGACGAUAACGGCAACGUUCUUGAGAUGGAAAGAACCGUCUACCAUUGA